GUUACAAAUCAAGAUGAGCAUCUCCUCGGAGUCGUCCACAAUUUGCUGACCAUCCGGAGAAAGUAACACGGGGACGCAGGAUAGUCGCCAAGCAAAAUGCCAACCCUGAACUCUCCAGAGAACGCAGAAAAGGUCCCUCUUCUGCAGAACUCGACCGAUCGGCAAGAACGAGAUGACGUUAAGGGAGGAGAAGAAGAGGGAGGAGAUCAGAGCCUAGCCCAGAGGGUGUGGGUCGAAUCGAAGAAGCUGUGGCACAUCGUUGGCCCCUCCAUCUUCAGUCGCGUCGCCUCCUACUCCAUGGUGGUCAUCACCCAGGCCUUCGCGGGCCACCUUGGUGACCUCGAGCUCGCCGCCAUGGCUCUCACGACCAACCUCGUUAUCGGCCUCGACUUCGGCCUCCUUCUCGGGAUGGCGAGCGCCUUGGAGACGUUGUGCGGGCAAGCGUUCGGGGCCAAGAAGUACUACAUGCUUGGCGUCUACUUGCAGAGGUCGUGGAUCGUCCUCCUCCUGUGCUGCAUCCUUCUCUUGCCGCUCUACUUGUUCGCCUCCCCGUUCCUGAAGCUCCUCGGCCAGCCCCACGACAUCUCCGAGCUGUCGGGCAUUGUGACCCUGGUCAUGAUCCCGCUCCACUUCAGCUUCGCCAUCCAGAUGCCGCUGCAACGGUUCCUCCAGAGCCAGCUCAAGACCGCGGCCAUUGCCUGGGUGUCCUUGGGGGCUCUCGUGGUUCAUGUGCUGAUGAGCUGGCUGUUAGUGUACCGGCUCCAGCUCGGCUUGGUCGGGACCGCCAUGACCCUCAACUUCUCGUGGUGGCUGCUGGUGCUCGGGAUGUUCAGUUACUCCGUGUGCGGCGGGUGUCCUCUCACUUGGACCGGCUUCUCCAUCGAGGCCUUCUCUGGCCUCUGGGAGUUUGUCAGGCUCUCUGCUGCCUCUGGACUCAUGCUCUGCUUGGAGAAUUGGUACUACAAAAUACUGAUACUGAUGACCGGAAAUUUGGAGAAUGCCAAGAUCGCCGUGGAUGCUUUGUCCAUAUGCAUGACAAUAAAUGCUUGGGAGCUGAUGAUUCCUUUGGCUUUCUUCGCUGCUACCGGGGUGAGGGUUGCGAAUGAGCUCGGUGCCGGGAAUGGCAAAGCAGCCAAGUUUGCGACGGCGGUGUCGGUGGUGACAUCGGUCGCAAUUGGCCUCGUCUUCUGGCUCCUGAUAAUGUUCUCUCACGACAAGCUGGCGUUGAUCUUCACCACGAGCAAGCCCGUCCUUGAAGCGGUGAACAAGCUCUCGGUACUCCUGGCUUUCACCAUCUUGCUCAACAGUGUUCAACCUAUUCUCUCGGGAGUGGCCGUCGGAUCGGGGUGGCAAUCCUACGUGGCGUACAUAAACUUAGGUUGCUAUUACCUGGUCGGGGUUCCGCUCGGCUUGUUGAUGGGAUGGGGAUUUCACCAAGGUGUCAUGGGAAUAUGGGCUGGAAUGAUCUUUGGAGGGACUGCAGUUCAGACCUUGAUUCUGGCAGUAAUCGUAUGGCGAUGCGACUGGGACAAUGAGGCCCAAAAGGCUCGCAUACACGUGAAUAAGUGGGCGGACACAAAAUGAUCAGAAGCAAGGGUUGUACCACUUUAUUUUAAACACUUUUCAGCUCCCAACUUAUUGUAAUCAAGUUUGAUUAGAAUUGCCGAUUUACCUAAUUAUUACUAAACGACGCCAAGAGAUUUACAAUAUGUGACCCAAAAAAUGGAUGCUCUAACCCAGGAUCGAUUGAAAGAGAAGGGUCAUCCUUUGCCACAUCAAUAUAUCAUUUGAAUAGUUUUCUA